AAGCCACAGAGAGCAUAGGCGUGAGGAGGUAACGAGAAAGAUAUGAGAAGACACUUUCCUGAGACUGUUUUCCCUUGCAGGGACAAACUGGAGGAGCAGCAGGAGAAGGCGAAGACAGAAAUCAAACAGGUAAAGACCGAGUACGAGGACCAACUGCGGGACUCGAACAUAGCCUUCAACACCAAGGAGGACGAGGCAGCCGACCUGAAGAGGGAGAACAGAGCCCUGAUGCUAGAGAUUGGAAGACAAAAAGACGAGAUCAAAGAGCUAAAGGAGCAAGUGAAUCAAGCGCAAUUGCAUCAGCGAAGGUGUGAGAGUGAGGCGAGGGACCAUGAAGCAGAGACGGAAGGUCUCAACGAGCAAAUCACAGAUCUUCAGGAACGCAGUGCAACUUUACAGGUGAGUUGUCGACUGUGUGAUCAAAUACAGACUUCUAGUCAUAUUUCGUUACAUGCAUGUGGAUAUGUUAAUAGAUGCAUGUCUGUAUAUUGUUAAGUUGGUACUGUAUAGACAUAUGUAGCGCGAGUGUAGGUUCGUGUAUUGUAAAUGAACAGAAUAGCCGAAGUGAAAAAAACACGAGAAAACACUCGAGAGCGCAAGGCAGUGGCAGACAGAAAGGGAUAAAUAAAAAGAUUGAGUGAGGGAGGAAGGAAGAGAAAGAUACAGAGAAGGUGAUAGAUAGAAAGAGAUAGAAGCAGAGAGAGAGAGAGAGUGGG